GACGCGCCUACAUUUGGUGCUCGCCGCGCACGUCUGCUUUCGACCUGUCCGCGUCGACGAGCUCUGUCUUCACCAGUUAACUCGAAUUCGCUUCUGAAAUGCCAAGUAAGAAUGGAGCCGGUCUGCAAAGUACUCAGACAAAGUAUAGGACGGACACGGAGCCAUCUUUAAAAAGAAGAAAGCUUGGCCCAUCGGGGUCGCAGUCCACGCAGCAGUCGUCGUUUGCGGAUGUCUUGGAGCAGCUCACAAUCGAACAGUCACAGAAUGGCGCUGUGUCCGAAGGAGGUGCCGACUGCUGGUCGCGUCCUUCAUUAAAGCCCAUUAAUGAGAAGAGAGAUACUAUCAUAUUCCAACAGAUUGAUAUCGAGGAGGGCACAGAUUAUAGCAACGGAAACAUAAUACUGCGGAUGUUUGGUGUGACCGAGGAUGGCCAUAGCGUCAUGGCAAAUGUAACAGAUUUCCCCCCUUAUUUCUACGUACCCGUUCCUCGAGGAUUCGAUGCAUCUGAUUCGGGCCCGCUCACGGAGGCACUAAACAAAGCCUCGGGGGGUAAUUAUGUCCGCAAAAUUGAAAUCGUUAUGAAGCGCUCUCUAUGGGGGUACCGAGGAGACGAUUGGAUUCCAUUCAUGAAGCUCACGACAUCAGAAGCUAGGUCACUUCCCAAAGUCCGAGGUUUAUUCGAAAGGGGCGAAUGUCAAUUCCGGGACUUCUUCCCAUUGGGGCAGCCAUAUCCUACGUUCGAGAGUAAUGUUCCAUAUGUACUUCGCUUCAUGAUUGAUACGAAGGUGGUUGGUAUGAACUGGAUCGAGAUUCCGGCGGGGAAGUAUAAGCUCGUGUCGGAGGGGAGAAAGUCUACUUGUCAAAUUGAAUUGAGUAUGAGAUACGACGCCUUCAUCUCUCACUCUCCAGAAGGAGACUGGCAAAAGAUCGCCCCGUUGCGAAUUCUCAGUUUCGAUAUCGAGUGUGCCGGACGAAAGGGCAUCUUUCCCGAGGCAAACGUCGACCCCGUCAUUCAGAUAGCCAAUAUGGUUACUCGUCAAGGCGAGAGCCAGCCAUUUAUUCGCAAUGUCUUUACAUUGAAGAGCUGUUCACACAUCGUCGGCUCUCAAGUACUAUCUUUCGAAGACGAAGACGAAAUGUUGCAGGCUUGGAGGGAUUUCAUCGAGGAAGCGGACCCAGAUCUUGUGAUUGGCUACAACAUGACGAACUUCGAUUUUCCGUACCUCAUGGACAGGGCUAAGCAUCUUAAAAUGAACAAGUUCCCGUAUCUUGGUAGGCUCAGAGGAGUCAAGACGCAAGUCAAGGACACCCAUUUCUCCUCGAAGGCUUAUGGGCAACGCGAUUCCAAGGACACCGUCCUCGAAGGUCGCUUACAGCUUGACGUCCUCCAGUUUAUGCAACGCGAGCACAAGUUGCGCAGCUACACUCUCAACUCAGUCUGUGCAAAAUUCCUUGGCGAACAAAAGGAAGACGUGCAUCACUCUGUUAUUACAGAGCUGCAACUUGGGACUCCGGAGUCUAGGCGGCGACUUGCAGUGUACUGCUUGAAGGAUGCCUACCUCCCACAAAGGCUGCUAGAUAAGCUCAUGUGCUUUGUGAACUACGUUGAAAUGGCUCGCGUUACUGGUGUCCCCUUCAAUUACCUGUUGUCGCGUGGACAGUCCAUCAAGGUUCUUUCCCAAUUAUUCCGUAAGGCCAACGAAGAAGGGUAUGUUGUACCGUCUCUCAAAGGUGAAGGCACAGACGAGCAGUACGAGGGUGCCACCGUUAUCGAGCCGAAGAAGGGAUACUACGAUUCCCCAAUCGCGACCCUCGAUUUCAGUUCGCUGUAUCCUUCGAUCAUGAUGGCCCACAAUUUAUGUUACACCACCCUCUUGGACAAGGCGACAAUCGACCGAUUGAAUCUCGUCAAAGACGUAGAUUACAUCCAGACCCCUAACAACGAUUUCUUCGCCACGAAAGCGAGGAGAAAGGGACUGCUACCCACUGUAUUGGAAGACCUAAUCGGUGCCCGAAAACGUGCCAAAGCUGACCUUAAGAAAGAAACUGACCCUUUCAAACGCGCUGUGCUAGACGGUCGGCAACUUGCCCUCAAAAUCAGUGCAAACUCUGUGUAUGGAUUCACUGGUGCGACCAUUGGCAAGUUGCCCUGUCUUCCUAUCUCGUCUAGCGUUACCUCGUACGGCCGGCAAAUGAUCGAGAGAACCAAACAGGAAGUCGAAGCUGAAUUUUGUAUCUCAAAUGGACAUUCGCACAAUGCAGAGGUUAUCUACGGUGACACUGAUUCGGUCAUGGUGAAAUUUGGUCCAACAGAGUUGAAGGCAGUUAUGGAUCUUGGGAGUCAGGCAGCUGAGUUCGUCACUGCCAAAUUUGUGAAGCCGAUCAAACUCGAGUUCGAGAAAGUAUAUUUCCCAUAUCUGCUUAUUAGCAAAAAGCGAUAUGCAGGACUGUACUGGACCAAACCGGAGAAGUACGACAAGAUGGACUCGAAGGGUAUUGAAACUGUUAGACGCGACAACUGUCGGCUGGUGCAGACGGUUAUUGAGACAUGUCUGCAUAAGAUGCUCAUCGAUCGCGAUGUCCAGGGUGCUGAAGAGUACACGAAGCGUAUCAUAUCCGACCUUCUGCAGAACAAGGUGGAUAUGUCGCAACUCGUGAUUACCAAAGCACUUGCGAAAUCAGACUACGCUGCAAAGCAAGCUCACGUUGAGCUGGCGGAGCGGAUGCGACAACGAGAUGCGGGAUCUGCGCCCGCGCUCGGUGACCGUGUGGCAUAUGUUAUCGUCAAAGGCAUCAAAGGUGCUGCCGCGUAUGAAAAGUCCGAAGACCCCUUGUACGUUCUGGAAAACAACAUUCCUAUCGAUACCAAGUACUAUUUGGAGAAUCAGCUCGCAAAGCCAUUGAUGAGAAUAUUUGAGCCUAUCCUUGGUGAGAAGGCGAACUCACUAUUAUCGGGUGGCCAUACAAGAUCCAUUGCUAUAGCAACACCCUCCGUCGGUGGCCUGAUGAAAUUCGCAGUCAAAACGGCGAUUUGUCUUGGCUGUAAAACACCUCUGCGUCCUAAUAACAGCGUGCCGAAUGGUGCGGUCUGCAACAACUGUCGACCGAGGAUUGGCGAACUGUAUAGAAAGCAAGUUUCCUUUGCUUCCGAACAACAAAUACGAUUUUCACGACUUUGGACACAAUGCCAACGUUGUCAGGGAUCCUUGCAUCAGGACGUGUUAUGUAGUAGUAAAGACUGUCCGAUAUUCUACAUGCGAAAGAAGGCGCAAAAGGAUGUCGAAGACGCGAAUGCGAUCAUGGAGCGAUUCGAUGCAGACUUGUGGUAGUCUGUUUUUUACGUGCCUCUGGCACAUGUCAUCUCUGCUUGCAUACCCAUUGUAGUUUGGUUCCUCUGAUCGUAUUUCUGUAGCACGUUCGCAUAUAACAGUCAC